AUGGGUUCAGUUAAAGAUGAUUGUUUUAUUUUCUUCAAACUUGUCCCGAAUGAAGCUAUCGAGAUGAAGAAUAUUCUAGCCACUUAUGAAGAGGCUUCUAGACAAUCUAUCAACUUGCAAAAAUCUGAGUACUUUUACAGCAGGAACUUUGCUCUAGAUAUUAAAGAUAUAUUGGCUGAAAUUUUAGGGGUUCAACAAAUGUUAGGGGCGGGUAAGUAUCUUGGUGUCCCAUCUAUGAUUGGUAGAAAUAGGAAAGCAACCUUUAAGUAUAUUAAAGACAGAGUUUGGCAAAAAAAAUCAAUUCUUACAGUAGUAGAAGUCUUUCUCAUGCAUGUAGAGAAACUCUAA